AUGUUUAGAGAUUAUUUACUUGCCACACUAAAUCUAUGUAUAAUAGGAUGUGAAGAAUCUUCUUAUGUCACAAGUUCAAAAAGUGAUGAUAUUUUAGAUGUAGAUGAUAAAUCUGAAACAUUAGAAGUCAAUCAAAGUGAUUUAAUGUUUAUUAUUGAUGACAAGGCAAAGAAUGGUUUUAUCAAAGGAAAUUUUAUGAUUGAUUGGAAAAAUUUAGAUGCAAGUUUAGAAAAAGGAUAUCCACUUUUUGAUUGUGAUUUUGAACUUGAGAUAUUAGAAGAGAAGUAUAAAAUAGAAAACAUGCAAAACUGUAGAAUAUUUUUUAAUGAAGAUGGUUCUUCUAAAAUUAAGUUUUUAGGAAAUAUUUCUUUAAAAUUAAAUGAUUUGGUUGAAACUUUUAAUGUAACUGCAGAUUUGAAUGCUGAAUUGGAAAAAGAUUAUACCAUUACUUUAUCUGGAACUUUAAAAAUGGAGAGUUUGAAACAUGAAAUGAUUGAGGAAUCACUUGAUACUGCAAAGACAUCUGAGUCUGAAAAGCUAAAGAGUAUUGAACAAAUGAUAUUGUUGUUAUCUGAAUUACCUGAUAGUAUAAACAUGACUGAAAAAGAUUUAAUUGAGAAUAAUUCAUUGUUAGUUGGUUUUGACAGUUUAAAAUCAUUUUUAUCUUUUAAGAAAGAAGAUAUAUUACCAAUAUUACAAUCACUUGAAGAAGUAGAUGUUCUCAAAUUAUCAGAAUAUGAUUUAGAAUUAGUUAAAAACUAUAAGGAAAAUCAAGAUGACUCUAAAGAUUCAGUUGCUCACUUAUUUGCCUUGUUUAAUGUAAAGAGUGAUUACAUUGUUAAAUCAGAAGAAUUAGAAAACUAA